AUGUCGACCGCAGUGGCCUCCCUGCCUUCACCACACCCGCGCAAUCCCAGCCCGAGAAACCUUCCAGCCUUGGCUCCUCCGAUCGCAACUUCCUCGCCAUCCCGAAUGUCCACAAGCUCCAAGGAUGGCUCCGCCGCAAAGGGUUCUCCGACCGAGAAGAGAGCUCCCGUCUCGCCUUCUCAAGCGAGCGGCCCGCAGAUUACCGUCAAGAAGGAACCAGGAUCAUCCCCACGGAUGCAGAGUCGGCCGCGGCCCCGAAAAUUAGACCUCUCCACCAGUCUUCCCUCCAGUAGCCUGUCAGUGCGCCCGCCGGGAGGGCCCAUGACUGCAUCCCUCCAAGACGUCGGCCUGGCCUGUUUGUCGCCCGGCUUCCAAACCCACGAUCCGAUCAUGCGCGAGCAACUGCAGCGCAGCCUUUCUGUCCGGGACCAGCAGCGCUCCAUCAUUGAACAGCGCAUGCAGAGAUCCGCCAAGGACACCCCAGAUGGUGUGCAGCCUUCCGAGUCAAGCGCGAUGGGCAUGCCCAAGACCGGCAAGCGCAGGCCCCCAGGUCUCUCCAUCGUGCCUCCGUCCGCCUCUCAGUUCGCCAAUGAGCGAGUCAUUCAGUCCGCCCCGCUCAACCAGACCUUCACAGGCCGCUACCAGCCCCAGCCAUUGACUCGCCAUGUGGUCAACCAGAGCCCAACCCUGGGCGCAACCUCGCACAUGCACCAGCUGCCCGCCGCGCAAACCAACAACCGUCUGCCCCCUCUCUCCGACGUCUUCGGUUCCGAUGCCCUCGGUCGCGACCGCGAUCCCGCCCUCGCCAACGUCCAUCUCGCCUCGAGCAACUCCUCCCAAUCCAACAACCUCGCGCCGAUGCCCUCCCCGGGUCUCCCCGUCUCUCAAACCCCCACCCGCCCGCGCGAAUACCGCUCCGCCGAGGAGGCCGUGCAGGAAAUGUCCGGAGGCCGCGAGGAUCUGCUCCCGCGCAUCGUGCACUACGGAGGCCACCAACCUCCCACUCCGCCAUCGCCCCAGAUCCUCCACGCAGGCCCCAAGACUGCUCCUCUCGCGCCCGAGCCCCGGGCUCCCGGUCCCCCACCUGCGUCCUUUGGCAUGUUUGCUCCGUCCGAUACCACGGCCCGUCGCCGCCCAAGAAGCGAGUACGAGCAGGACAACGGCACGCCCCCUCUCGGACACGGCCCUGACUCCCAGUAUCGUGCCAACCCAGCUACCAACCCGGGUCCACAUGCUGCUUUCUCUGGCCCCUUUGGUGCGGGCCGAGACUCACCCGAGACGCAGCGCAGAAAGAAGGACGAGUUCCUGGGUCUCUGCGCUCGCGCUUGGGAUCUCUUCCAUUCGUGA